ACUCAAAUAAGGUUAUGUUUUUGUAUUUUUUUGCAAUAAUUUUAAGUUUACCACAAUGUUAAAAUUAAAAUAAAUAUUUCUUGCACAGCUUUAUGAAAACACUGAAAAUGUACAUCAGACGUGCAACCUGCAAAAUUUAUAAAAUGUGUCGAUAUAAAAGUGCAUUUACAACACUGACAAAAUUAAACGAAAAGAAUAUAAUAAAAUCAAAAUCGACUGAUAUUCUUAUCCCUAAUCAAUUAAUUCAUGAAUAUGUGUGGGAGCAUUUAGAUAAAUGGUAUGAUAAAACGGCUGUGAUCUGUUUUAAUACUACAAAAUCGUACACUUUUGGAGAAAUUUACAACAAAAGCUUAGCUUUAGCAGGAGUUUUGCAUAAUAAGUUCCAACUAAACAGAGGAGAUAUUGUUGCUGUUGUAUUACCAAAUGUCCCAGAUUUUCCUAUCGUUUUUUUAGGAACCAUUCAAGCGGGACUUGUGGUUACCACAGUGAACCCUUACUACACCCCAGAUGAAAUGGCUGUCCAACUCGCCGACUCAGAUUCAAAACUAAUUUUCACAAUAAGAGAACUCAUGCCAGUAAUAAAUAAAUGCACAAAAAUACUUGGAAGGAAGAUUCCUACUGUCUUGGCAGAAAUUAAACCUAGCGACAGUAUGCCAGUUGACUGUAUUAAAUUAAGCAAAUUGUGUGAUAUUAGAAAUAGUAGUAUAUCUGAUUUUUUAAACCCCGAUGAUGUUGCCCUUUUGCCCUACUCCAGUGGGACUACAGGUCUGUCUAAAGGUGUGCAACUUACUCACAAAAAUGUGGUUUCAAAUUUAUACCAAAUGUCGUCGCCUGAUUUCCUGGUCAAUUUGGAGACUAAAAGUAAUUUCCAGGAUGUUAUCCCUGUUUUCCUUCCUCUUUUCCAUAUAUAUGGAAUGGUAGGAAUUUUCCUCAACUUUUUUGCCAAAGGUUGCAAAUUGAUAAUGGUGCCAACAUUCGUAGGGCCUCAAUUUAUCAAAAUUUUGCAGUUGUACCAACCAACAUUACUAUUUGCCGUCCCUCAAAUGAUUGUUACUAUCUUGAAUAACCCUAAAAUAAAAUACGACAAUUUAAAAAGUAUCAGGACGAUUAUUUCGGCUGCGGCCCCUUUGGGAGCAUUAGCAGUCGACGAAUUUAAUAAAAAAUGUAAAAAUCAAAUCAAUUUGAUACAAAUGUAUGGAAUGACCGAAACGUCGCCUUUGACACUCAUGCAAACCACAAAAUUAAAAAACGGGACGAAAAUCGGGGGCAGUGGAUUUGUGAUACCAAACACUGAAGCUAAAAUUAUUUCACUCACUGAUGAUUCAACUGCUUUAGGGCCAAAUCAGUCGGGAGAGUUGGUAGUAAAAGGACCCCAAAACAUGAAAGGCUAUCACAACAAUCCAACAGCAACGAAAAAAACCAUCCAAAAUAAUUGGUUGCGGACCGGUGACGUCAGCUACUACGACGAAGACCAACAUUUUUUCAUCACUGACAGAUUAAAAGAAUUGAUUAAAGUGAAAGGGUUUCAAGUAGCUCCAGCCGAGAUUGAGGAAAUUCUGAAAAGUCACCCGAGUGUUGAAGACGCCGCUGUUGUGGGAAUCCCCCAUCCGGUUCAAGGGGAAGCCCCGAAAGCUUUUGUGGUUUUAAGACAAGAAGUGAAACCAGAACAUUUAAGAGAAUUCGUGGCCGGGAAAGUCGCGAAUUACAAACGACUUGUAGGAGGAGUGGUUGUUUUGAAGAAAAUCCCCAGGAAUUGUGCAGGGAAAGUACUUAGAAGUGAACUGAGAAAAUUGUGAUUGCAAUAAAUGAGAGUACCUGAUGUUUUAUUUAACUGCCAUCUAAACUGAACCUUGAACUGGAUGUUAAAUGUUCCAUUUGGCCAUGGUACAUGACUUCUCUGAUAAUCUUAUUUGCGAAAGUUCGUUGCUCGUCGGUCAUUUCUCGCAAAAUGCGAGCCAAACUUUUACCAGUUGUGUC